UCGAGUAGAUUGUGCGUUUCGUGCAUAAUUGUCCUUUCUAUUCUUGGCAAGAUCACUGAAUUUAACAGCUAUAUGAGUCUAAAGGACUUAUCCAUAGAAAGUAUCGCUCGUGGAAGAUCAUUCUGAGUGUACCUAGGCGGGGAAACACGAAAACCCAAGAUGAGCGUGUUGGGUCACAAGCAACCUACGUUCUUGAAAACCUACGGCAGGCAAAAGCGCAAGGUGGAACAGUGGUUCUCGCCUGACCUCAGAAAGAAAGCUUUCUCUUUCUCGUCGUCAUCUGAUCCGUCUAUCGCAGAACCCACACCUUCAAAGAAACGAAGAAAAAAAAAAAGUACUAUUUCAGUUGCCUCCAGGACAUCACGUGUGUCCAAGAAAAGGGCCAUGAUGGCCUUAAGGGAACAGGAAAGCGAUGAGGAAAACAUCUUUGCUCCAGACACACCUGCCAGAUGCAAGAGGAACCCGAGCACUAACCAGACGAAAAGGGCUGCAAUCAUAAGAGACCCACCAGGCAUAGGUGGCUUCACAGCUGGCAACAGGGAACGUAGCAGAGGGCAGAUGAUGAUGAAGAAGAAGAAGAAGAAGAAGAAGGUGGUGGUUUUCAGCUCCAGCGAGGAUGAGUCUUUUGUGCCAAAGAAAAAACCCUCCACAGCCUCUAGCCAAAGAACAGCUGCUCAAGGCAAACAUGCAGAGGUACGAGUAUCUGCUGGCCCAGCCCCUUUCGGCAGGUUCGUCACAGAUCGCAGGAGAGCACUGCCGAUCCAGUCUGGGAAGCACACCAUGCAACAGAGUUCUGGAGUCCUCAACGGUACUCUGAAUUCAUCAGGAGUGUCUUUUGCCCGGUGUGUCACUAGACGAAAGCAGCCCACCAUCCGGCAGGAGUUCUGUUUGGAAAACUCUGAUCUUAAGCCUUCCGCCACAUCCUUCAGCAACCCUUGGACUCGGUCAUGCGAGGUCUCGCUCAACGACAGCGAGGAGCAGAGGGUGUCUGGCAAGCGCCCACUACUGUGCAGUACCCCGUCCCUGGCCACCGUGCACCAUCUGCGCUUCCGUGAGCCGUCCGUCAGCGAGAUCUCGUCCUUGAGUUGCGAUGAGGUAGACACGGCCCUGGCCAAAGGCACCGUUGCUUCCACCAGCAAGCCGGUGAGGGUUGUACCACAUAACCAUAGGCGACACUCACGUCCACUCCGCAGGAGUGGCUUGAGGUGUGUGGAGGGGACACACCAACAGCAGGGAGCGGAGAAGCUCAGUGGUUAUGGAGAUGGGCCAAAGGAGGCUGAGGAGGAGCCAGAGAGGUGCAGAAAAAAGGACCAUGCGGAGGAUAAGAAGAGCCGGGGUAUUGGAUUUGUGUCGGCUCCGAUGGACCUGGACUUCCAGACUGAGCAGCUGAAGGAGCAGUGUCAUCCGGUUAGCAGUGUUGUCUUGGUGGAAGAAAUGGACAUCUCGAGCCACCUAUCAAAACACACUUCUAGCAGACUCCAGGUAGCACAGGACACGGAUUGGCCCCAUUUGUGUCCAAAGCCUCUCACUUUAGAAACCCGGCACGGCAAAGGGGACCGUGACGUCUCCUCGGAUUGCACCAGCCUCAAACCACUCUGCCUCAUCUCCUCUUCUUCCACGUCCUCCUCCCCAUCCUCUCCUCCUGGGCUUGAGCUCUGCGUAUCGGAGCCGGAACUGAUCGACCGCCUUAAGGUGGAGUGUCUGUCCUCUUGCCUCACUGUCUCUCUCCGGCCUCUGGAGAGAAGUGUCCUCCGGCAGGCCCAGAAAGGUCCCGGAGAGGCCCGGGUCGCCUCUCCCCAACCUCCAGAGACUGAAGGUGACGGCAGAGCCCAGGAUGGGGAUUUCCCUGCCGGAAAACUUCCAGACCUAAACUCCUACGCCAUAGAGCUGCCGUAUGGUACUGAAGGGCAGGUUGGAGGUCUGAGGAGGCGCCUGUCAAACUCCUUCCUGCGUUCCAAAGCCUCCCCUCAGCCUGGUGAGGCUCCCGGUAAAGCUCCUGCGCCGGCCGUGCUAAAGGAGCGCAAUGGCGGCGGUACCGGCCGCAAAGCCUGUGUGAGCGGACUGAGUGCCGUUCGCUGGUCCAAGAGGGGUAUGGCUGAGCAGAACAGAAAGCACAGGACAAAGGAGACUGCAGCGUGGUCUAAACCUGGGGACUGUUCUUUGAACUACCUACUGCCUGCAAGAACUGAGAAACACACCAGGGAGUCUUUGUAUGGGUGGAUGCAAGGAACCAGUGUCAUUGGCCUGCCUGUAACACCUCUCAGAGUGGAGCAGUUGAAUCUCUCCUCCAUGCUGGCCAACUUCACUCCAGAUACACUCACAACACACAACUGGGGCCGACUCAAAGCUGCACUGUCCAUACACAAGAAGACGACAGCCUUCCCAACCCCUCGGCGGAUGGCUAUGUCCAAUCUGCAGUCACCUGGUGGGAUGGAGUCCAGCCUGGACCUGUUUAGCACUCCUUUGUCCAAACCUGCUUCCUCUCGCCUGCCGCGGGCCACCCUGACGAACACCCCCAUGGCCCAUUAUGAUGAAGACAUCAGCGAUGCUGACAAAGUGUAUCAGGAGUGUAUGCAGGAUGGCCCUCUUUCCUUUGAGGACUGCAUUCCUCCAGAACGCAUGAAACGCUGCAGCAAGAUCGGGGAGGGCACUUUCGGAGAGGUGUUCUCCACAAUCAACGACUCCAACCAAACCGUGGCACUUAAGAUUAUUCCAGUGGAGGGCUGUCAGAAAGUCAACAGUGAACCACAAAAGACAUUUGGUGAAAUUCUUCAUGAAAUCAUUAUUUCCAAAGAGCUGAGUAGCCUGAAUUCCAAGGAGAAAACCAAAACAAAUGGUUUCAUCAGACUCAACAAUCUUCACUGUGUGCGUGGGUGUUAUCCCAGUGCUCUGCUCAAAGCCUGGGACAAGUUUGACCAGGAGAAGGGAUCUGAAAAUGACAGACCUGAUUUCUUCAGUGAGGAACAGCUCUUUUUGAUUCUUGAGUUUGAGUUUGGAGGCAGCGAUUUGGAGAAUAUGAAUGGAAAGCUCUCUUCCAUGACCCAAGCCAAAAGUAUUUUACACCAGGUUACAGCUGCACUGGCAGUGGCUGAACAUGCACUGUGUUUUGAACACAGAGACCUGCACUGGGGCAAUAUCCUGGUGAAAACUACGAAGCAGAAGAAUAAUGAGUUUAUACUGAACGGCUCUGUCCACUCUAUAGAGACACGAGGAGUUCACGUCAACAUCAUAGACUACUCACUCUCACGGCUGGAGAUAGAUGGUCUAACGGUGUCAUGUGAUAUAGCAAACGAUGAGGAGUUGUUCAUGGGCCAGGGGGAUUAUCAGUUUGAAAUCUACCGCCUGAUGAGGAAAGAGAACAAUAACUGCUGGAGUGAGUAUAACCCUCGUUCCAAUGUACUUUGGCUACAUUACCUGGCAGAUAAGCUCUUGGCUAUGAGGUACAAGACCAAACCACAGAGCAGCCAACAGAAGGCAGUGAAGAGCAGCCUCCAAACCUUCUGUUCAGAGAUCCUCAACUACUCCUCAGCUACACAUGCCCUUCUGCACUGCAGGCUAUUUAAUUGAACUAGAAUUAUUAUUAUUUUUUUAAACUCAUCUGUAAAUUUAUUGUAAAACUGGAAAAAAAAAAUCUUAACACUUUGUAGGAAGAUUCAUAUAGCAAAUAAAGAAAAUGUCCGAUAAGCCAAACAAAUUGCGAGCUUUGUGUAAACAAAAAAUACUUUAUUUUGUUACGUCAGAUAUGUGGCUUGAUGUAAGCGCACAGG